GACUCAGAAAGAAACGGAAAAACGGUUGGUGGACAAAUGGAGCCAUCCAUUUUCUUCUUCUUCCUUCACUUUCUCUUUUUGUUCAACCUUUCUAUAAUGUAUGUGAAGCAUAAAUCUAUGUACUAAGGUAUUAUGAUGAUAAUACUAUUUUAAACACAAUAUUCUGUUGUAUAUCCUAGAGACGAAUUCAGAAUUUAAAAUGCAGUGUUGGAAGCAGGAACAGUUUUAUCUAUUUUAGUAAGGCAAGAUUCUACUUUGAUACAUGGGAAAGGGCUUGCAGAACCAAGAUGCUUGUAUCAGUCCGAAAAGUCCUCAGGGAUGCAUGUCGGGAAUACUUCACAAUUUCAAUCAUAAUCGACACAGGAAACGCCUCCCACACAAAAGGAAGGGUGGUGGAAAGCGAGUUGCUGUGGCUGAAGAUCUAGGUGAUAGUGCAAUUGCUGCUGAUUCUGGUGAUAUCCAAGAAAGAGUAGAAGGCAAGGCUGAGAAUUCUCCGAUUGUGUCGAAAAUUACAGAAGCAAAUAAAGUGCCCAAAAGUUCAAUGUUAUCUCGGAUAAUAUCUUUGAUUAAUCAUGAAGAGAGGCCUAAAAGAAAGGGUAGGCACCGGAGAAGUUCAUCCUGUCCUAUACAGCUCGAACGAACUAAUUCUAUUCAUCAUCUAGACAAGAUGCAAUCUUCUCAUGAAAUUCCCUUAAAUGACAAGACUUUGGAGAAUCCUAAUUACAAGGAGAAAUAUUCAGUUGCUAGUUUAUUAGACCCUCCCCGCAAAAAGAUAAGCGAGCAUGCAAUCCAAGAGCCUAUGGAAUUAGAAAACAUGAGAAAGGACUCAUCCAAGUUAACGUUCGGUUUUAUCAAGUCGUUUUCAUUUCCUUUGCAUAGAUCACGAGGAAGAAGAGCUGUUAGGUCAAGGAAACACAAGAACAAGAUGGUAGAUGAUCAGUCACAAGUUGGCAGUGAGGUGUCUGGUUCUGCUGGAUUUAAUAGCCACUCAGUGACAUCAACGGAUUUGAGUAGCGAUGAUGACGUUGGAAAACACAUGUUGAUCAGAAGAGUUGAAUCAUUUGAUAAUGUCUCUCCAUGUUCACCUCGUGCAGAAAAGAAACACCGUGAGAGUAGUAAACUCCUCCUCAAUCGUUUUAAGAAUCUAAAGCAAAAAAUAAGGCAUGCAGUCGAGGAGAGUAGAAAGGAGAGGCGUCGAAUUGUCAUGGAUGCUGUCCUUCAUAAGGUUCCACAUGGUCAUAGAUCAUCAAAGGCUAUUGAAAAGGGAAGUACUUUUGCUCAUUGCAAUUCUUCAUUUACGAAGAGUGAAAUGAAUUCCUUUGGGAGAACCCCAUCUGUUAAUGAGUCAUUAGACAAAUAUAAUCGAUUACUUGAUUCCUCCUCCUAUAGGGAAGAAAAACAACACAGUUCUGAUCGUUUGAGCUUUAGAGCUUCUAGAUCACCUUCACCGGCUAGAAGUAGCAGCCCUAUUGGCCUCGAGAGAAUUCUCUCUAUGCCUGAUCUCAGGUAUUACUCUUCUUUCAAACGUGAGGACUCUCCUGAACCUGGCUACAUGGAUACACUAGAUAGAGCUAUAUCGAGCAACAACUUAUAUAUAGGAAUUUCCAAGUCCAAUGAACAGAAGUCCCUAGAUAUCACUUUAGGUUCAGAAAACCAAACUGAAGAAGGUUACAAUUCAGACUCCAGGAGUUCGAUUUUUCUUGAUGUCAACGAGACUUUUGAUGACUUCGGUAGCUUAAAGAAAUCUUCCUCGGUUGAAAACAUCAUUGAGGGCACCUCAUCUGUUGUUUCAGAAUUAGAUAAGCCAGUUCCGGUUCCUCUGCCUGAUAUGAUUUUUCAGAAUGCUACUUCUGGCGCAGCAAGACUCUCGUUAGCUAAAGGUGCAGAAGAGGAUGUAGUUAAUACCGAUAAAAUAGGAUUGUCAUCCAGUGAUCUGAACAGAAUUUUGCAAAUUCAUGUUUAUAAAAGAUAUGAAUCUGAAUUCAAUUAUGUCAAAGAUGUACUAGAACUAUCUGGAUUCAGUGGAAGUAAGUUUCUAGGAAAAUGGCAUUCUACCGACAAACCGAUGAACCCUUCAGUAUUCGAUGAAGUGGAAGGAUAUUGUUUACUUGAUCAAGAAGGUGUUACUUGUGAUCAACUACUUUUGUUUGAUUUGAUCAAUGAGGUCUUGUUACAAAUUUAUGAGAGAUCGUGUUCUUACUGGCCAAAGCCGUUAACAUGUCGUUCUUAUAUCCAUACGAUGCCUGUUGGCUACCAUGUCCUUGGUGAGGUGUGGACUGAUAUAAACUCGUGUUUCGAAUCUGAAAUGAAGAUUGAUCAACCGAUUGACGAUGCUGUGAGUCGUGAUCUAGCAAAAGAUGAAGCUUGGAUGAACCUUCAAUUUGAUGCUGUGUGUUCUGGACUGGAGCUGGAGGAUCUCAUAUUGGAUGAUCUUUUAGAAGAACUGAUUGUCAUUUGAUGUUCAGGUUGUUCAGCUUUCUUGCAAUGUUUGGCACUUGUGAUCCUACAAAUUUAUGUCAAAAGCGGAUCUGGGUCGGGUUCAUUUGAACUCUUUGCUUUUGACUCGAGCUAUGUAUACAUAACGCAUUUGGUCCAACACAUAUGCAUAGAGGCAGAUCUAGGGCAGGUUCAGUAGUUCAAUUGAACUAUCAUUCUCUUGACCAGUGCUACAUAUACAUAUCGUAUACAAAACUUUUGAUUGACACAUUUGGUCCAACACAUAUACGUAGAAAGAUGGAUUUAGGGUGGGUUCAGUGGCCCAGUUGAACUCUUCUCUUUUUACUAGGGCUAUGUAUACAUAUGGUAUACUACUUUUUGCUUGACAAAUUUGGUCCAACACAUACGUACAAAGACAGAUCUUGGGCGGGUUCAGUGGUUUAAUUAAACUCAUUGUGUGGGACUCAAGCUACGUAUACAUAUGGCAAAAAGAAUUUGAAACAUACAUAAUAAUAAUAAGAUCACAAUCAUAUCGAACCUCUCACUCUAGAUCCUAGAUUAGCCUCUGCAUACAUAAUAUUUUAUUCUAUAUGUAAAUUGUUUGGUCAAGUGGUCAAGAAAGUAUUAGAGAAGAAUGUUGAGCACAUAUAUUUGUCACAAACUUUUGAGACUCUACAGAUUUUGGUAGCAUAUUAUUGAAAUUUUUUUUUUAUGCUACAAGUAGGAGACUGGGAGUUGUAAAUAGCAAUCUUUUUUUUCACAUAAUGGAAUUGAUACAUAUAAUGUGGCCUAA